UGCGGUGACGAAAUUUCGGGCGUUGUACAUCGCAUCUCAUUAACAAAAGAAGCAAUUUCAUUAGCUUUUUUUUUUAUAUCUCUAUAUCUCUCCUCUGUAAUUACUUCCAGAAAACAUUUAUUGUUAUUUUUCCUCCGCGUGUGAACUUUCAGCCCGGGUUUUGGUCUCGGCGGUUGUUUUAUUUGUUGAAAAGGCGGUGAAGAAGAAGAAGAGGAGCGGUAGAAGAAGGAGGAGAAGGCGCUCGCGCGGUCCGUCGCUCUUUGUUCAUUCAUUCAUUCGGGGUUUCUUUGUUGCGCGUGAAUUCUGGUGAAAGCAUGGGAGCUCAAGUGGCUAAAAACGGUGCAAAAGAGGAAAUCGGUGCAGAAAAAGCAAACGGACAGGAAAAUGGGCAUGCUAAGACAAACGGCAAUGCCUCCCCUACAGCAGACGGAGCCGCCGAGGAGGUCCAGGCCAACGGCAAACACUCCGCCGACGGCGAGGUGAAGGCUGAAGAUGGAGCAGCCGAGAAGGCGACGGAGGAAGGCGGCGCCGCUGAAAGUGCUCCGGUAGCCAACGGCGAGGACUCGAGCAAACCAGAAGAGAACGGCUCUGCGUCUGGAAGCGGCGAGCCUGCCAAGCAGAAGAAGCGAUUUUCCUUUAAAAAGCCGUUCAAACUCAGCGGCUUCUCCUUUAAGAAGAGCACCAAGAAGGAAGCCGAGACAGAGGAGGCGGCCGCUCCAGCCGAGGAAGGCAAAGAUAAAGCCGAAUCCGAGGAGGCCAAGCCAGAGGCAUCUGGAGAAGAGAAAGAGAAAGAGGAAGCAGCCGAGGGGGCCAAAGCCGAUCAGCCGAGCGCAGAUGAGGAGAAAAAAACAAGCGAAGAGCAGAAGCCCGAGACGCCUGCAGAAGAGAAACCGGCCGAAGCUGCAGCUGAAGAGCCAGCGCCAGCCCCGGCACCAGCCGAGAGCUCAGAUGCUCAACCCGCUGCUGCUGAAGAGUAACACGGUUCACCAGUGCGUGCUAGGAAAACGGUGCUACCAACAAGCGAACGAGGCGUGUAGAUGAGACCCAGAUCAGAUUAAGGUCUGUUUUUACACGUCACAUGAAGCGUUCAGAAUGGGUGCUCAGAUAUUACACCAGCAGCACCGCUCAAAUCCGGCAGCACUGUGUGCUUGUAUAGGCUUCGUCAUGUCUUUAAUCUUUUUAAACUUUUUUCAGUCCUAUAGGUAAAGUCCGACCCUCUUCUAACCCUGCUGUAGAUCCAACUUGUUGACCUGUGAUGACUAAUACAGUUAGUUUUUUUUUUUUUUUUCCUACAAUGCUGUGCAAGUAUAUAUAAAAGUUGCCAGUGCAAUCAAAUAGAUUACAGUUUGCUGUAAAUACUCAAGGUCUGACACUACCUGGUUUUUAAACGGAAUGUAACUUUGCGUACAGAAGUAUGAAUUCAACUUCAACGGGCACAAAAAAACACAAAUAAAGGAUUAAAAAGAACAAA